AUGCCUCCCGGCGGCGGCGGGCCCAUGAAAGACUGCGAGUACAGCCAGAUCAGCACCCACAGCUCCUCCCCCAUGGAGUCGCCCCACAAGAAGAAGAAAAUCGCGGCCCGGAGGAAAUGGGAGGUGUUCCCGGGAAGAAACAAGUUCUUCUGCAACGGGAGGAUCAUGAUGGCCCGGCAGACGGGCGUCUUCUACCUGACGCUCGUCCUCAUCCUGGUCACUAGCGGACUCUUCUUCGCCUUCGACUGUCCGUACCUGGCGGUGAAAAUCACCCCUGCCAUCCCUGCAGUCGCUGGCAUCCUGUUCUUCUUUGUGAUGGGGACCCUGCUCCGCACCAGCUUCAGCGACCCUGGAGUCCUCCCACGAGCCACGCCUGAUGAAGCCGCCGAUCUGGAAAGGCAAAUAGAUAUCGCAAACGGCACCAGUUCAGGGGGGUACCGCCCGCCUCCCAGAACCAAAGAAGUCAUCAUCAAUGGCCAGACCGUGAAACUUAAAUACUGUUUCACCUGCAAGAUUUUCCGUCCCCCUCGCGCCUCCCAUUGCAGCCUUUGUGAUAACUGCGUAGAACGGUUUGAUCACCACUGUCCCUGGGUAGGCAACUGUGUGGGGAAAAGAAACUACAGAUUUUUUUAUAUGUUUAUUUUAUCUCUGUCUUUUCUGACAGUCUUUAUAUUUGCAUUCGUUAUCACCCACGUCAUUCUUCGUUCACAGCAAACAGGAUUCCUAAAUGCCCUUAAGGACAGUCCUGCAAGUGUCCUGGAGGCUGUGGUGUGCUUCUUCUCUGUCUGGUCCAUUGUUGGCCUCUCAGGAUUCCACACCUACUUGAUCAGCUCCAACCAGACGACAAAUGAGGACAUUAAAGGAUCCUGGUCAAAUAAAAGAGGUAAAGAAAAUUACAAUCCCUACAGCUACGGAAAUAUCUUUACCAACUGCUGUGUUGCCCUGUGUGGGCCCAUCUCACCAAGCCUAAUUGACAGAAGAGGGUACAUCCAGCCCGACACGCCGCAGCCAGCAGCACCCUCCAAUGGCAUCACCAUGUACGGGGCCACGCAGUCACAGAGUGACAUGUGCGACCAAGACCAGUGCAUUCAGAGCACCAAAUUCGUUUUGCAGGCCGCGGCCACGCCCCUGCUGCAGAGCGAGCCCAGCCUCACCAGCGAUGAGCUGCACCUGCCCGGGAAGCCCGGCCUGGGCACGCCCUGCGCCAGCCUCACACUGGGCCCGCCCACACCUCCCGCCUCCAUGCCCAACCUCGCCGAGGCCACGCUCGCGGACGUGAUGCCCCGGAAAGAUGAGCACAUGGGCCACCAGUUCCUGACGCCCGAUGAGGCGCCCUCGCCCCCCAGGCUGCUGGCGGCGGGCAGCCCCCUGGCGCACAGCCGCACCAUGCACGUGCUGGGCCUGGCCAGCCAGGACUCCCUGCACGAGGACUCCGUGCGCGGCCUGGUGAAGCUCAGCUCCGUGUGACCCACGUGGCCCCGGGCCGGGGGGCACCAGAGGCUCCUCCACGGGCAGCGGGAGUGAGCAGAGGGGUGUGCCCCACAGUGACUUUCCCAGCCAGUGCCAUGGUGGAGAUGACAGCCCCAGGUCUGGGGUACAGAGACCAAUUAGGAUGGCACAGGGCGGCCGGCCCCUGAUGCUGAGAGCUUGGUUUCAUUUGAAUUUUCUUCCCCAACCUGAGUGCUUUGACAACAACGGAAAUAGAGAAGUGGCUGCUUUCUUUUGGUGACCCUCCAGGGGUGGAAUCGGAGUGUGUCUGCCCGCCCUUGUGACAGACACACGGAAGGCUUCUGACGCUUGUGGCCAGACUGCAAUUGCACUUACGUGUUAUGCUACUAAUAUUUGAAACAGACCUGCAAUUCCAUUUGUUAAUUAAAAAAAAAAAAAAAAUCCUAAAGGGAAAAAAACGACCAGGUGUGGAUCUGCAUGCCACGCUGCCAUCUGUGUUACAGUGGUGUUGCUCUUUCCAAGGAAGUGCUGCUUUCUUUUUCUUUCUUUUUUAAUUUUGUGAAUUUUUAAGUGCUGUUUUAUUGGAAGACAGUGCAACGAACCGAGACUAAUGGACAGUGUCAUCACUCAGCUUACUGGGCUGAGGCGUCUGUGGAGAGGUGGCACCAGGGCUGCAGAGGGCGGCUGGGGUUCCGUCGUGUCGGGUGUCGCUUCACCUUCUGUUUGGCCACUCAAUGAGGUCACGUGUUGAGGUAUUGUGUGCCGCAACCCCCACAGUCUUCACCUCCGUGUGUGAUGAAACUUCCCGUGGACAGCCAAUAAAAUGACGUCCUCUGUUAUUCUG